AUGGCUGAUGUUCAGCAAAAGUUGCGGGAGCUAUGCAACGCAGCUACCAAGAUCCAGGCUUCCUUCAGAGGUCACCAGGCUCGCAAGGAGAAGGAGCAGGCUGUCAAGGAUCAGGAACAACAGGAUAAGGAGGACAUUGAAAAGAUUGACCUCGCCGAUCCCGACCUGAACAAGGCCGCGACUAAGAUCCAGGCCUCCUUCCGUGGCCACAAAGUUCGCAAGGACGUCAAAUAA